ACGCGCUGCCUGCUGGGCCCGGCGCGGAACCAUGGAUAUCUCUCGCUUUAUGGCCGAUGACUUCGAGGUGAAGAGCUGGGUGAACGCGGCCUUCAGGGCCGGACAGCAGGACGCUGCCGGACAGACGGACGCUCACGCCUCCACCCUGGUGAUGAAACUGCAGGUGUUCAUCCAGGAGGUCAACAACGUGGUGGAAGAAGCCAGCCAGCAGGCCCUGCACAGCAUGCCCAGGGUGCUGCGAGAGGUGGAGGCCCUGCGGCAGGAGGCGGCCUUCCUGCGGGAGCAGAUGGUGCUGGUCAAGGAGGACAUCAGGAGGUUUGAGGAGGACACGGCGCAGUCGAUGCAGGUCCUGGUAGAGAUUGACCGAGUGAAAUCUAGAAUGCAGUUGGCUGCCGAGUCUCUUCAGGAAGCAGACAAGUGGACUACAUUAAGUGCAGAUAUCGAAGAGACCCUUAAAACACAGGACGUAUCUGCAAUUUCAGCCAAGCUAACAAGUAUGCAGAGCAGCUUGGCUAUGCUUGUGGAUACGCCGGAUUACUCUGAGAAGUGUGUGCAUCUUGAGGCUCUGAAGAACCGCCUGGAGGCCAUGGCCAGCCCACAGAUUGUGGCUGCUUUUAACUCUCAGUCUGUAGAUCAGGCAAAAAUGUUUGUGAAGGUCUUCACCGAAAUUGAUCGAAUGCCUCAGCUUCUUGCUUAUUAUUAUAAGUGUCACAAAGUGCAGCUGGUGGCAGUGUGGCAGGAUCUUUGCCAGAGUGACUUAAGCUUGAAUCGCCAGCUGACUGAACUGUAUGACACACUGCUUGGGACCUGGCACUCGCAGCUUCAGUGGGCUACACAGGUUUUCAAGAAACCCCACGAAAUUGUGACUGUGUUGCUGAUUCAAACUCUAGGAGCGUUGGUGCCAUCCAUCCCCGUCUGCCUCAGCACUGCCAUGGAGAGAACGGGCCAGGAAACCAAGCUGAGCAAGCUGCUGGAGCUCUAUGAUGCCACUGUCCACUUUGCAAAAGGGCUGGAAAUGGCCAUGCUGCCAAACCUGAAGGAGCAGAACUUGGUAAAAGUGAUGGAACUGGUAGAAGCGGUGUAUCAUCCAUACAAGCCCUUUCAACUCAAGUAUGGAGACCUAGAAGAGGAAAAUCUUCUCAUUCAGAUCAGUGCAGUGCCCUUGGAACACUGGGAAGUAAUUGACUGUGUCCAGGAACUGAAUCAUUCUGUCAGCAAACUCUUCGUUCUGGCUUCUGGAGCCAUUGACAACUGCAUUAAACUCACUGAUGGACUGGGAGUGUGUGGGCUCCUCAAGGCCCUGAAAGCUUUGUUUGCAAAGUACACAUCUGACUUUACAAACACAUUGCAGUCGAUACGAAAGAAAUGUAAACUGGAUGAUAUUCCAUCAGACUCCCUUUUCCAGGAGGACUGGACUGCAUUCCAAAACUCUGUUCGAAUAAUUACUACUUGUGGUGAGCUCCUUCGUCAGUGUGGAGACUUUGAGCAGCAACUGGCUAACAGGAUUUUGUCAACUGCUGGGAAGUAUCUCUCGGACUCCUACAGCCCCUGCAGCUUUUCUGGCUUUCAGGAUACCACUGCUACAGAAAAGAAGAGCAGUGUGAAGAAUCCCUGGCAGGAAUACAAUUACCUUUUAAAGGAAAAUCCUUCUGAGUAUGCCAGCCUUAUGGAAACACUGUACACCCUGAAGGAGAAAGGUACGAGUAACCACAACUUGCUGUCUUCAUCUCGAUCUGCACUGAGCCGCCUCAACCAGCUGGCACACCACUUGGCUUUUGAUUCCGUGUUUCUUCGCAUCAAGCAACAGCUCUUACUUGUUUCAAAGAUGGAGAGUUGGACCUCUGGUGGCGUUGGUGAGACCCUAACGGAGGACCUGCCAAACUUCAGCCUGACUCCUCUGGAAUACAUCAGCAAUAUUGGGCAAUAUAUUAUGUCGCUUCCUCUCCACCUUGAACCAUUUGUCACUCAGGAGGAUUCUGCUUUGGAACUGGCAUUACAUGCUGGAAAACUGCCUUAUCCUCCAGAACAAGGAGAUGAACUACCCGAGCUGGACAACAUGGCUGACUACUGGUUGGGCUCCAUCGCCAGAGCUACGAUGCAGACUUACUGCGAGGUCAUCCUGCAGAUACCAGAGCUCACAGUGCAUUCAACAAAGCAGCUUUCCACAGACACUGAUUAUCUAAUAAAUGUGAUGGAUGCCCUUGGCCUUCAGCCAUCAAGAACACUGCAAAAUAUUGUAACUCUGUUGAAGGCAAAGCCAGAGGACUACAGGCAAGCUGCAAAAAGUGUGCCUCGCAGAAUGGCCAGCAGCAUUGCUGCAAUGAGGGGCCUGGAGUGUUAGCUGUAAUGCCCACACGGCUGGUCACGGCUCAGGGGCUGAACUGGUUUGGGUUUUCUUUUUAAUUCCAUAUCAACUUUGUGAGGACUGUGUAAAUGUCUCUGGAAAUGAGAAGGAUUUAUUUCUGAAUAAUGUCUAAUAAAAGCCUUUGUCUAGGAAAA